AUGAAGAGGGCGAGGCAGGAUCCCCUCCCGGAAAAGAUCAGGCGCUUGCGGGGCGUUAUCAUGGUCAUCUGUAUUCCCAUCCUCCUCGUUUCGUUCGUCUUCUUCCUGAUGCCUCGCAGCGGGUUCUCGGCCGAUGGGAGUGGAAACCUCCUCAUCGGCAGGAAGACAGUGCCUGGCGGGGAGUCCGUGAAAUACGCCGUGAUCUUUGACGCCGGGAGUUCCGGCAGCAGGGUUCAUGUGUUCUGUUUCGACAAAAAUUUACACAUCCAGCCUAUUGGGAAAGAACUCGAGCUCUUUGUGCAGGUGAUUCUUAUGUAGAUAUUCUCAAGACCCCUUCUCAAAUAUUCGCUCUCCAUCGUAUUUCCUGCAUUUUUCCAGUCAAUUGUUUCCUGGAUUUUUGUUUUAAACCCUUCUUCGUUCUAAAAUGUUUUCUACAUCGCAUUGUAUUCUAGAUUCGUAACCGAGCCCCAGUGUCUGUUUCGUAAUUAUCGAAGGCAGGGCCCUUGUUCCAUUUAAAGUUUCGGUGGUAUGAUUACCUUUUCUAUUUGAUUGAGACAUCUUGGAUACUCCUCGUUGAACUGAAAUAAGAUAUCAUUUAAUUGAUACAAAAUGUGGUUCAUCAUCUGCAAGCUUCAAUGCAUACACCACAACGGUAAGAGCAUAACAUAUAUCAGAAUUCUUGUUUCUGUAUCGAUUUUUUCUUGAUGUCGCAAAAAAAUGUCAGGAUGACGUUUCAAAACUUUUAAAUUUUGCAUCUGUCAAGCUGACAAAGUGCGAUAUAGGGGAUAUUGUGCAUUGGCCUACUGAACCUUGCACUUUCAACAUCUUUCGUUGUUGUGAUUCUCAUCUCUUACUUUGAUCUCAAACUCACAUUCCAUCUUCUUAUAGCCCGCUUCCCAAGUGAUGAUGACGAAAAAAAACUGUCUCCUCUUCGUGGCUUGCUCUUAUUCUGUGAAGAUGAGAGUAUAUGCACUAGGAGGCAUGAUUCUUUGUCCCAUUACUCGUUAAAGGAGCAAUAUGUGUGGACCGAUUGGGCGACAAUUGAUCCAGACUCCUCGAAAUUAGUGCUUCAGUACCUUUUUUUUGAAAAAGGAACACUUAUGUUCUGACUGUCUGAGCAGCUGAAGCAAAUGGCUUAUUUAUAAAAUCCGUCAUAAAAUUAGAAGCUUUGGAAAAUGCUGGAAAAAAUAUAUUUUUCAGAAAAUUGGUCUUAUGCCUUAAGAGUUUGUAUCACAAUUUUUUUUUUCCCCCUAUGAUUCUGGUCGAAAGAUGUGUAUUUUCUCAUGCAAGGUAUGCCAUUUACAACUGCUGUAAUUUAUGAAAGGUGGAAUGAAACCAGAUGUUUUUGUUAAACUGAUAAAAAAAUUCUUCUAGUACUUUGUGUGGUAAUAAAAGGCUUCUUUAUGACAGGAUGGUGUAUCUUUCGUGCUACUCCUGGAUUGGUUGAUUUAAUGUUAGUUUAUUUUCAAUGCAGACUGUUAGUUUAUUGCUGCAGUUUCCCAAUAAAAUAGGGGAAUUAAUCGUUUUUAAUAAUUUUCUUUUUGUGGUCUCAGUGAAGUCUCUUUUGUCAUAAUUUUUUUCUCUCAAUUUUCAGAAAAAACCUGGAUUGAGUUCGUAUGCCAAAAAUCCUGACGAUGCGGCAAAUUCACUCCUAUCUCUAUUGAAGGAAGCUGAAGCGGUGAUCCCCUCAGAAUUGAGAAAGUUGACACCUGUGAAAGUUGGGGUAAUGCAAAUUUCUUCCAAUUACACGUUCUUACACUAUUACAGAUCCACCUUGUCUUGUUUAGGCAUUGCUAAACACUCGUUUAAUUUUUACGUUGUUCAGGCAACUGCGGGUCUUAGAGCAUUGGGCGCGGAAACAUCUGAAAAAAUAUUGCAAGCAGUAAUCUUAUUUUUCUUUCUUCAUUGAUUUUCAUAUUUUCUUAAACUUUAGCUAAGUCCAGCCUUAUUCUCUUUUUCACCUUAUUACCAUUUCAGUCAAUGCUUGAGGCUUAUAAUUUUUAUGAUUUUUCCAUUUAAUUAAUCGACUACAACACAAAACCCUGCAGGUUAAAGAUUUUUUGCAUGAGAAGAGUUCUUUGAAGUUUAAACCAGAGUGGGUUUCUGUUCUGGAUGGAACACAGGAAGGUGCAUUUCAGUGGGUAAGAUAUAUUGGUAUCCUUUCUUUACUUUGCAAAUCUGCUGUGCUGUCGUUCUUUGUAGGUCAGUCAAUCUGUUCACAACGAGAAACCGAUAGAGAAUAGAAAAAUAUGUAUAACUUCAUUUAUAAUAGAUUUAGUCUUGCACGACUAUAUAGAAAACAUCUAGCUUGUUUCUUCACGAGAGCCUGGCUAUUUCAACUUGUCAUCAUCUUUACCUCGAUUUAGAUAUGAUUGACGCCUCCAGUUUCUACAGUAUCUUCAUCAAAAAAUUCCCAUGUUGUUAUUAAUUUUCUUAGCCAAUGUGCUUAGGGUCUUUUUGCUAAAAAUCGAUAUUUUUUUCAUCACUCGAAAGUGGUGUAUAUAAUGGUCUCAAGCGAGGGUGAAACACUUCAACAUAAAUCUAUCGUGGAUUGCAUGUAUAUAUUAUCUACUACAUCGUGAUCCAAGGCUUAGGAGCUUCCUCAUUUUCAGGUUACGAUAAACUAUUUGUUGGGAAAACUGGGAAAGACGUAUGCAGACACAGUUGGAGUGGUUGAUCUUGGUGGUGGGUCUGUCCAAAUGGCCUAUGCCAUCUCAGAAAGUGACGCCGCAAAGGCUCCGACAAUCAAGAACGGAGAAGAUACCUAUGUGAAGAUAUUAUUUCUUAAAGGAGUCAAAUACUACCUCUAUGUCCACAGGUUUGGCAUCUCCAUCCCUAGUGAAUUUUUUCAUAUUUGGAGGAUGUUAAUGCCAUUGAUUACUUAACUGGGAGUUGUAACACUAACUCUGCAUUAGAAACAUAGAGUGAACCUUGCAUUAAAUAACGAGAUUCUGUCAGAGUACCUUUGGAAGAUAUGAUCACAUCUGAAAGCGAUCCUCAAUGAGAUGCAUCUUAAAUUUUCCCUUUUUCCAUUUAACAAAAAUAAUGUUUGUGACAUCUUUUCUUGCUUUUUGAACAAUAACAGCUACCUCCGUUAUGGUUUAUUAGCUGCCAGAGCAGAGAUUUUGAAGGUUGAUGAUAGAUCUGGAAAUUCUUGCAUUUUGGGUGGAUACCAUGGUACGAUUGUCCAUCUCUUAAUAACUUAUGCUCUAUUUUUAAUAUAUAUAUUUUAAAAACAGACUCAUGCAACCUCAUUUACCUAUAAUACAACCUUAAUCUGCCUUUUAUGGCUUGCGAAUUAAUCUCUCAUAUAGGAGCCGGGAUUUUGCCUGAAAAGAAUCUAUUCUUUUGCAAAUGAAAUAUUUACCUUAUUUUCAACUCGAGCAAGAAGUCUAACGGUUAUUUCUCCACUUAACCUUGUCCUAGUCAUAAUCGCUUGUAUAUGUCCUACGUGCGACUGAAUUAAUUGAUCAGUCUCAGUGUCCCCUUCUGAUAAUUGCCAUUAGAGAUACAACUCCAUUUCUACCUGAUGUCGUUAUUUCUAGUAGGAAUUCCCGGAUUUGCUUCUAAGGCCACCACGUCAUUUUCAUAUGUUCUAAUCACAAUACCCCCUGCGACUUUCAGGUCCGGUCCGUCUUGGCUAGAUUUAUUUCUCGCUAAACACUCCUUUUGAAGACAACUUUAUGGACGAUAAUUUAAUGAGGAUCAUGUUUACUUUCUCUAGGAUUAUGCCUGUCAUGCCCACAGUAGCAACUCGAUUUUAUAGAUAAAGGAUUUCCUACCACGAAGGGUUUCUUAACCACCCAUGUAGGACUGAAGCAUUUCUGAGAAGUCACUUAUGCGACGUGAUAUCCCUCAUAUUUUCUUCUUCUUCAGAUGAUAUCGUUCAAUUUGAUUUCAAUACGAAUGUCUAAGAACCGUUCUCACGCUGUGAAGGAUCGUACAAGUACAAUGGAGAAGUGAAUGAUGCUUCAUCUUCACCGUCAGGGUCAAACUAUAAUCAGUGCAGGGAAGCUGCUGUUAAAGCCCUCAAAGUUGAUCAACCAACAUGCACACACAUGAAGUGCACGUUUGGCGGCGUUUGGAAUGGCGGCGGCGGUGACGGGCAGAAAAAGCUGUUUGUGGCUUCUUUCUUCUUUGACAGAGCCGCUGAGGUGACUACAGAUUAACUAUCUGGUACCGUCCUUGUGGGAGCUUUCUUUUUCUAACUCAGGUGCUCACUUCUUCAGGCCGGGUUUGUUGACCCAAAACUGUCAGUUGCUAAGGUGAACCCUUCAGAUUUUGAGGAUGCUGCCAAACGUGCGUGUGGCUUGAACCUGGAAGAAGCUGGGAAAACGUAUCCCAAAGUCGAGGAGGACAAUUUGCCUUAUCUAUGCAUGGACCUCGUGUAUCAGUACACACUGCUCAUUGAUGGGUUCGGUGGGUCCCAUCCUGCCUGCACUACUGGCUUUCUUAAACACCUGCAUUUAGCAAUCCUUGAGUUAACUUGUAUUCCCAUCUUCUUUCCCCAAACAGGGUUGGAUCAAUUGCAGGAGAUCACCUUGGUAAAGCAAGUGCCGUAUGGUGAACGAUUCGUAGAAGCUGCAUGGCCUCUAGGCAGUGCGCUCGAAGCGGUGUCAUCGGAAUAG